UCGCCCCCGCCUUCGCCCCUGGGCUUCCAGCCCCGCGCCCGCCUCAGCCUGCGGUGGGUCCCUCCGGGCUGAGCCCCGCGGUACAGGGCGCGUCGUUUUGCAGAGCCUGGAGCUCCCCGCACAGCGGCCGGCACUCCCAGGACCCCGCGGCCGCGGCGGCGAGCGGCUGGCGAGGAAAGAUGGCCGCCCUGACAACGGUCGUGGUGGCGGCGGCGGCCACUGCGGUGGCAGGGGCGGUGGCGGGGGCGGGCGUGGGCGCGCAGCCGCAGAACGAUGGCUGUUUUGGUGCUCCCAGUGGAAUUCAUGCAUUUCACCUUCAAAACUGGAAGCAGAAAGUUAGUCGGACCAAGAAAACGGAGUUUAUACGCACAGCAGAAAAACUGAAAAAUCAAGUUAUCAGCAUUGAGAAAGAGAAACACAGUCAUUUCUACAGCCAAAAAGGUGACUUCAGAGCGGAGCAUAGUGCGCUGGAAGAGUUGGAGAACAAACUGAUUAACAGCAGGAAAACAGAAAGAGCAAAAAUCCAGCAACAGUUGGCCAAAAUACAUAGCAAUGUAAAGAAACUUCAGCAUCAGUUAAAAGAUGUAAAGCCUACACCUGAUUUUGUUGAAAAGCUCAGAGAAAUGAUGGAAGAAAUUGAAAAUGCAAUUAACACUUUCAAAGAAGAGCAAAGGCUGAUAUAUGAAGAGCUUCUAAAAGAAGAGAAAACAACUAGCCACGAGUUGAAUGCCAUAUCAAGAAAAAUCGACACCUGGGAGCGGGGAAAUUCAGAAGCAGAGAAAGCUUUUAGAGCCAUGUCCAGCAAAGUUCCCAUAGACAGAGUCACAGUGGGGGCUUCUCUUCCCGAAGAAGUAGUCGACUUUGAAAAGUUCCUCCAGCAGACAGGAGGGCGGCAAGGAGGCUGGGAUGACUGUGAUCACCAGAAUUUCCUCAAGUUUCGAAACAAACAUAAAGGGAAGCCGACAUUUAUGGGCGAAGUGCUACAACACCUUCCUGGAAGGACGCAGGAUGACGUCCAGCAGCAUGAAAAGUGGUAUCAAAAGUUUCUGACCCUGGAAGAAAGAAAAAAAGAGUCUAUUCAGAACUGGAAAACUAAAAAGCAGCAAAAGAAAGAGGAGUUCUUCAAGCUAAAGGAAAAGGCAGAGAACAUGCCUAUGCCUUUUCAUAAUAAACAAGAAAAUAGCCAGAAGCAAAAGGAAGAACAAAGGAAAAAACAGAAGUUGGCUGUGGAAGCCUGGAGGAAUCAGAAAAGCAUAGAAACGUCCAUGAAAUACGCUUCCCAGUUAAAAGAAGAGGAAGAGAAAGAGAAGAAGCAGCAGAGAGAGCGGCAGCGCCAAUUUAAACUGAAGCUACUACUAGAAAGUUACAACCAGCAAAAGAAAGAGCAGGAAGAAUUUCUGAGACUUGAGAAGGAGCUGAGGGAAAAAACAGAAAAGGCAGAAAGAAGGAAAACUGCUGCUGAUGAAAUUUCCAGGUUUCAAGAAAGAGAUUUACAUAAACUUGAAUUGAAACUUCUAGAUAAGCAAUCAAAGGACAAUGAAAAGGCAGAAAAGCAAAGAAGACUGACAAAAUUAAAAGAAAAGGUAGAAAACAAUGUUAGUAGAGAUCCCACGAGGCUUUACAAACCUACCAAAGGCUGGGAGGAACGAAUCAAAAAGACAGGACCAACAGGCUCUGGGCCCCUUCUCCAUAUACCACACAGGGCUGUUCCAGCCUGGAGACAAGGAAUAAAGGAAAGAAUAUGAGAUCAUGAAAAUUGAUACUCAGUUGAUGAUGAUGAUGAUGUUAACAUACUCAACUGUGCCGAAGAGAGUGGCCUGACCAUGUUCUUUAAGUAUCACUAGCCUAGUCAGACUGCUUAUUUUGUCAUAUGUGAAUUUGUAGACAGGUAUUAAGUUCCCUGAAGCACUGGAAUUAGUUAUUUCCUAGUUAUACUGAGAAGGUAUUUGAUGUAUGUGCUGGAUUAUUAUUGAUGUGGUCUCUUUUUUUUUUUUUCUUUAAGAGUUUGUGUUACAAGCAUUAUUUCCUUUAAAUGCUCAGAAUAUUUCAGAUACACUGUUUUCAUCUUGGUACUUAAAAAAGAAAUGGUGCAAUCAAAGAUUGACAUUUUUAAGCCACAAUUUUAUAUAGUACCAAAAGUGGGGGAAAAAAUUUUUUUAAGUUAAAAAAAAAAGGUAGUGCUUUUUCUAUAUUUAAAAAGUUAGUUUGUCAAUGGUUACAUUUUUGUGUAAUAAAUAUUUUGUAUUUGUUUGAAGCAUG